AGGCCCAUGCCCAUGUUCAACAAGACGAAAGUCGUCGACAUGCUAUGCUCCAUACUGCACCAGUUGAAAAGGCUGGGUUGACUACCAGUUUGAGCACACCACAGCCUCCUACUUCUGAGAAAGAUCACUUACACUGUGACUAUUGUGGGAAACUAAGGCAUACCAAAGAGACUUGUUGGAAGUUACAUGGUCGUCCCACUAGAGGUCGUGGAGGAAAACGAGGUACCUCUAGAAAUCAAGCUAAGUUAGCAGAAACUGUGGAUGAGCCCUUUAAGGAGACAACAACGACUGAGUUCCUUUCCCCUAAUGAACUUCAGAGUCUCAAGCGCCUCUUGUCUCAUAUUGACACCUCUUCAUCCUCUGGUGCUACAUCUAACUUUGUAAAGUCAGGAUCUUCGCACAGGGAAGAUGAUUGGCAAUGGUAGGCUGCAUGAUGGCUUAUACAU